GGGUUCUGGGAUGUCAAGAUGGCGGCCUCGUCGGUGUCGCUCUUCCCCGGCGUGCGGCUCCUGACCAUCGGCGACGCCAACGGCGAGAUCCAGCGGCACCAGGAGCAGCAGGCCCUCCGCCUCGAGGCCCGCACCGGCCCCGACGCCGCCUGCCUGGCCCUUUACAGCCACGAUGACGUUUGCGUAUUUAAGUGUUCCGUGUCGAAGGAGACGGAAUGCAGCCGAGUCGGCAAGCAGUCCUUCAUUAUCACACUGGGAUGUAAUAGUGUCCUUAUACAGUUUGCAACGCCAAGUGACUUCUGCUCUUUUUAUAAUAUCUUAAAAAACUGCCGGGGCCACAAUGUGGAGCAGUCUGUGUUCAGUGAGCGUACAGAGGAAUCGUCUGCCGUGCAGUACUUCCAGUUUUAUGGAUACUUGUCCCAGCAACAAAAUAUGAUGCAGGAUUAUGUCAGAACAGGCACCUACCAGCGAGCGAUCCUGCAGAACCACAGUGACUUUAAAGACAAGAUUGUAUUAGACGUUGGCUGCGGCUCGGGCAUCCUGUCGUUUUUUGCGGCCCAAGCUGGAGCGAGGAAAAUCUAUGCAGUGGAAGCCAGCACGAUGGCUCAGCACGCAGAGGUUUUAGUGAAGAGUAACAGCCUCACCGACCGGAUCGUGGUCAUUCCCGGGAAAGUGGAGGAGGUCUCGCUUCCCGAACAGGUGGACAUCAUUAUCUCUGAGCCAAUGGGUUACAUGCUUUUCAACGAACGGAUGCUGGAGAGUUACCUGCACGCCAAGAAGUAUUUGAAGCCGAGCGGCAAUAUGUUUCCAACCAUCGGGGAUGUCCAUCUAGCUCCCUUCACAGAUGAGCAGCUCUACAUGGAGCAGUUCACGAAGGCGAACUUCUGGUAUCAGCCGUCCUUUCAUGGUGUGGAUUUGUCAGCGCUUCGGGGCGCAGCAGUAGACGAAUAUUUCAGGCAGCCUGUUGUGGAUACUUUUGAUAUCAGGAUUCUAAUGGCCAAAUCUGUUAAAUACACAGUGAACUUCUUAGACGCCAAAGAAGCGGAUUUGCACAGGAUAGAGAUCCCAUUCAAAUUCCACAUGCUGCAUUCAGGUCUGGUCCAUGGGCUGGCUUUCUGGUUCGACGUAGCUUUCAUUGGUACAAUAAUGACCGUUUGGCUCUCAACCGCCCCCACGGAACCUCUGACCCACUGGUACCAGGUGCGGUGCCUCUUUCAGUCUCCGCUUUUCGCUAAGGCUGGUGACACCCUCUCAGGGACGUGCCUUCUCAUCGCCAACAAGCGGCAGAGUUAUGACAUCAGUAUUGUUGCUCAAGUGGACCAGACAGGUUCCAAGUCCAGCAACCUCCUUGAUCUGAAAAAUCCAUUUUUCAGGUACACAGGUUCAACUCCUUCACCCCCGCCGGGAUCGCACUACACCUCUCCUUCAGAGAACAUGUGGAACACGGGUGCCUCCUACAACAUGAACACUGGGAUGGGCGUUGCUGGGAUGCCCACAGCCUACGAUCUCAGCAGCGUGAUCUCCGGGGGCACCAACGUCGGCCACAACAACCUUAUUCCUCUAGCAGCCAACACGGGGAUUGUCAACCAUACCCAUUCCCGGAUGGGAUCCAUCAUGAGCACAGGGAUUGUCCAAGGCUCGUCUGGCGGCCAGAGCGGAGGAACGUCGAGCUCCCACUAUCCCGUCAACAGUCAGUUCACCAUGGGGGGCCCCGCGAUCUCCAUGGCCUCCCCCAUGUCCAUCACCACCAACACAAUGCAUUACGGGAGCUAAGAGACCCU